UUCAACCCUCGAUAACAGAAUACUUACCUUCAUUUGUCCGUCGUGUGAAUUUAGCACAUCUACUCGGAGCAUCAUGAUCGAGCACUUCACCACGACGCACUGCUUCAAGGCGACUCAUUUUAAAAUUGAAACCGAAGAGCAGCAGAUCCCCGAGGACGGCGAAGACCAGACCGACUCGGUGGUCCAGCAACUCGAAUCGAUCGAAUUGACCUGCUCGAAAUGUGGUUUCUCGAGUACCAAUCAGGAUGACAUCGACUUCCAUACCUGCCUCCCGUCCCAAGAACAAAUGUUCUCCUGCCAUCUAUGCACCUACGAAUGUCUCACACGUACGGGCCUGCAAAGUCACAUUACGCGGAAGCAUAAGCCAAGAUCCGAGGGCGAGCCGCGUAGCUACGAAUGCGACGCUUGUGACUUUAAAUGCGCUAAUAAAAAUACACUGUACUCGCACAAAAGAAAGCAUCGAGCGGGAAAAGUUGAAACGACGACGGAGGACGAGUUGAGCUACUUUUGCAACGAAUGCGACUUCUCGGCCAAGAGAAAAGGAUCGCUCUACUUGCACAUACAGAGGCGACAUAAGGGUGCCAGUGACAUGAAGCAGUCGCAGACACGACCGAACUUUUACAGCUGCGACCAAUGUGACUAUACCAAUAAGAAUAAGUACGAGAUGAAGGUGCACGUGAUAAGAAAGCACACCAACGAGUACAAUCACGAAUGCGAGACGUGCGGUAAGAAGUACAAGAUACGAGGCGAUCUCACUAAUCAUAUAAGAUUUCAACACCGCGAGCAACCAAUUAUUUGUGACGUAUGUGGAAAAACGUGCGGUAAUAGUAAUUCCCUCUAUGUGCAUCAGAAAUUCGCCCACUAUAAAGCCGAAUUCGAGUGUCCGAUAUGUCACAGGCGAAUGGUGAGUCAAGCGAAUCUUGACGAGCACAUUCUCAAGCAGCACGAGCAGAGAGAGGAUGCCGUGUGCGAAGAAUGUGGCAAGACGUUCUCGAGACAGAGUAGACUAAAAAUACACAUGCGCAUUCACUCAGGUGUCAAACCGCAUUCGUGUAAGAUAUGCGGAAAGGCAUUUAGCAGGAAAACGGCUCUUAGGCAGCAUCUAUUAAUACACACAGGCCAGAGGCCUUACGUCUGCGAUAUUUGCGGUAAAGCUUUCACUCAGAAGCCGGGCCUGAUCAGUCACAGGAAAAGCCAUCCAGGAUUGCAUCCGCCUUUGCCUAGAGUCACUAUUGACCAUGUACUUUCUGAAUUAUUGACUGAUGAAUCAUAAAGACAUUGAGAGGAUAUUAUUAUUCCGAUCAUCUAGAGUUCGAAAUAUUUCAUUGUUCAAAAUGUAAGACAAGCGGUGGACUGUUCCUUUUUGAAAAUUAUUUAGAAAGCUAU